ACGUGCCUGCCUUUACAGCUGUUUCACCAGUCGGCAGUCAGCCGUUGAGUUGUUGAAUUGUGAUAAAGAAAGAUAGAAAAAUUAAAAGUGAUAAAGAGAGACAGAGAGGAAGAGUGAGAGACAAUUGGAUCUAGAAAAAGAAAAAAAAAUCAUAACAGCACAGAGACAUCGAUACUCCCGCCACAUGUUUAUUCCUUCUAGUUUUCCUUUUUGCAACAUCAUGACCCAUUAAAGCUCAGUACUUGCACAUUCAAUUCUCAAUCAGUGAUUUCUCCAUAUCAAUCCUUUCAACCUCCAUUCAUAAUCGGCGAUGGAUGAGAAUGGAAAAUUAGAGAUUGUUACGAAUUACGGGAUAAAGUGCGACAGGUGUAAUUCUUUGGAGAGUUAUGGAUCUGGGAUUGAGUUAUUUUUGCUACUUUGCAUAAAUACUGUGGUUUGGGUGGGAAGUGUCUCUUCGUAGUGGAUUCCAUUGAUGAGAGCUGAUGGGAUAUGUUUUUAACAGAAUCAACAGGUGAACUGGAUCGAUACCAAAUUUAUUCCGGUGCCAUGAUACUUACGGACUACCGGUGGAACUUGUUAACUUGCGAUUCCAAUUUAUUAAUUGUUUCACUUGUGCUGGCAGUAUAUCGUUCGCACCGGGUUAUCUUCCACUUGUACACAUGAGUAUUCCUGGGGAAUGGCGAAAAAAAUACUCAGUACAUGUAUGAGUCUCUUUGACGAUUGAGUAGACACUCGUGAACAUUUUUCAUUUUAUCCGCGCGAAACUGAACGAGAGUUUUGUGGAGUCGCUGUCAUGAAGGAUAUGGGAUUGGCAGAUGCAGAUUUGAGCAUGGGUACUGGAGGUACGGGAGCGACAGUCCUCGGAAUUCCAGGAUCAGGGGUUGGUGGUGGUGUUUUAUCACACUGUGCUAUUUGUGGUGAUAGGGCAACGGGUAAACAUUAUGGGGCAGCGUCUUGUGAUGGUUGCAAAGGAUUUUUUCGACGUUCAGUCAGAAAAAAUCAUCUCUAUACCUGCAGAUUUAACAGAAACUGCGUGGUGGAUAAGGACAAGCGCAAUCAAUGCAGGUACUGCAGGCUGAGGAAGUGCUUCAAAGCAGGUAUGAAAAAGGAAGCGGUGCAAAAUGAAAGAGAUAGGAUCAGUUGUAGAAGACCCAGUUAUGAAGAGCAAACAAGUAAUGGUGGAGGCCUGUCCGUAGUAUCUUUAUUGCAAGCCGAAAUGCUGAGCAGACAAGUAGUGGCGGCCUUAGAGGUUCAACAACUCGGUAGUCCGCAUAAUGAGACUGAUCUUAGUAAUAAGCAGAUAGCAAACAUAAAUGACGUCUGUGACAGCAUGAAACAGCAAUUAUUGAUUUUGGUCGAGUGGGCCAAGUACAUUCCGGCAUUCUGUGAGCUCACAUUGGACGAUCAAGUUGCACUUUUGAGAGCUCAUGCAGGUGAGCAUCUCCUUCUUGGUGUUGCUCGUCGCAGUAUGCACCUCAAUGAUGUAUUAUUACUCGGAAAUAAUUGUAUCAUCACAAAAAGCUGUCCUGUCAUAUCAAUGCCAACAGAGGGACGCAAUCAGGAUUUGGAUAUCAGCAGGGUGGGAAUACGUGUGAUGGAUGAGCUGGUUAAGCCAUUGAACGAGGUGCAGAUUGAUGAUACUGAAUUUGCUUGUCUCAAGGCCAUUGUAUUUUUUGAUCCAAAUGCAAAGGGCUUGAGUGAACCAGCGCGAAUAAAACAUCUACGGUAUCAAAUACAAAUAAAUCUGGAGGACUACAUCAGCGAUCGCCAAUACGACAGUCGAGGACGCUUUGGGGAAAUUCUAUUGACACUACCAGCCCUCCAGUCCAUCUCCUGGCAGAUGAUCGAGCAAAUACAGUUUGUCAGGCUCUUUGGUGUUGCCCACAUAGACAGUUUACUCCAAGAGAUGCUUCUCGGUGGUGCUAGCACUGAUUUAAAUGGUACGACACCUUUACCAAUUUCUAAUGCACCAGAGAGCUAUGUCAGCAGCAAUGAAAGUCCCAGUAGUCCACUUACACCAGCCAAUACUGGGCCCCUGAGUCCCCAGGAUCACAUGCUAGGUGCCACAAGUCCUGUUAUGAUUCUACGGGAUUUAACUCCCUUACCUCAGGACGAUCCCAGUACUGUUGGUAGUUUUCGAUUGUUUAAACAAGAACCCAGUAUGGAAACUGAAACGCCAUUUUGACUAGAGGAACUCUCACUCUACUCGGACGAUAUUAAAUACUAUGUGCAGUGACGUGCUAUUUAUCUUUUCUCACGGAGAACAUAAUAUUUUUUUACUGGUUGGAAUUAAGGUUCCUCUUGGGCAUUCAUUGAUUGAUCAAAGUGCCUAAUCACCUCAAUUCGCUCAAAUUUUCGAAUAGUAAUACAUUUAAGCGUUAUUUUUGUUUUUUGUUGUAAGUGACAAUACAGGUACUGAGCACAAUGCCAUUUUUGCCAUUGGUCUUUAUAUUCGGUGCUCGAAAUCAUUGCUCAAUUUUAAACUUAGUGAUUACCCUAUCCAUGUUGAAUCAAUAUUGCAAAUCAUGUUUCAAGUCAUGAAUGAAUGAUGAAUUACAGUUUAAAUUUUUGUUGAGUGCGGGGAUAAAAGGGCGGGAGUAUAAUUAUUUGGUCGACGACUCAAGAGUGAAUGAUUUUUUCAUUGCUUUACAUUCUAUGGUAUUAUCGUUGAAGGUAUAUUUUUGAUAGAUGUGUCUUAAAGGCAUCGAAUUAUUAAAUUGAAAAAUAUUUUUCAUGAUAUACUUUGAAAUUGCCAUUCCGAUAAUGCAGUUAUAUGUACGAGCUCAUUAUACGCAUAUAUAAAUAUACUGUUGAUGAUGUAUAUAAUUUUAUAAAGUAGAUUGUUACUGUUUAAGCAAUUCGAAGAGAACUUUGAUUAUUCUUUGACGAUGUAAGCCGCUACAAUGCAAUUUAAUUUAGUAGAAUCAGCCGACAAGAUUCAGGGAAUUCUGAGAAAUCAGGUGAAUAACAGAUUCCAAAGUUUCAUUUACGAACAAUUAUUCUAACUUAUUAUUCGAUCCAUAAAAGGGUGUCGAGUGUGAAAAUAAUUUCACGGAAAGUUGGUGCACAUUUUGGCCGGACAUGAAAGCAAUACUAAUUAAUAUUAAGAUGUUAGAGUGCUCUCAAUUAUUCAGAGAUAUAUUUUCGUAAAGAGAUAAUCUCAAGUAAUAUUUAAAAAUUGCAUCAGGGAUAGAAGAAUUAAUUUUAUACUAAUUUAAGGAUUCGUUGAUAUUUAAUUUUUGCGGUACGUGAAAUAAAUUCGAAGCAAAUAAUGCUUGGCUCUUCAUAGGAACGAGAAAA